AUGUCAAGUUUCAUUCCCAACCCGACAGCGCAGGCGCAGACACCAGCCUCCACAGAAGCCACUCGGCUGGCACCUGCCCUACCCACAGCAGAGGAAGUCCAAGAACGCGCUGAAGACGUCUCCGAAGCUGCUGUCCAAGCCGCGAGCGUCAUUGCCGCCGAAUCAGACACCGCAUCUCAGCGCUCUGGCGCCUUCAGCAACUACGGCAGUGAUGCAGGGUCCCGCGCUUCCACUUCACUUGCUUCCUCGGUACGAGACUAUGCAUUUGAAAAUGGGCGUCGGUAUCACAAAUUCCGUGAGGGAGCGUAUCUCUUCCCGAACGAUGAGCCCGAACAGGACAGGGAAGACAUGAAGCACGCGAUGGCCGUCUCCGUAAUGGGCGACAAGCUCCACUUUGCGCCGAUUCAAAACCCGCAGCAGGUGAUAGAUCUAGGCACUGGAACUGGAAUCUGGGCAAUUGAGUUCGCCGACGCAUAUCCAUCUGCGAACGUCCUUGGUAUCGACCUUAGUCCCAUUCAGCCAUCGUGGGUGCCUCCAAACUGCAGGUUUGUUGUUGACGACGCCGAGAGCGAGUGGCUUCAUCCGAAAGACUAUUUCGAUUUUGUGCAUGCGAGGCAUACGGCGCAGGCAUUCAAAAACUACGACAUGGUGCUCAAGCGGGCAUACAAUCAUCUCAAACCAGGCGGCUGGAUGGAGUGUCAAGAGAUGCACCACUUAGCCCAGUGCGACGACGGCAGCAUGCCGGACGACUACAAGCUUACUGGAUAUCUUGGCUAUAUCCAGAAAGGGCUUGCAGUUCUAGGACCAGACCUCCAAGCAGCGCUGAAGCUCGCAGACAAGUUGAGAGCCACCGGUUUCGUCAACGUCGAGGAGCGGGUGCUGAAGGUGCCCAUCGGCAGCUGGGCCCGAAACAAGACGCUCAAGAAGAUAGGCCUCUACUUCCAGGCAGUUCUUAUGGACGGUCUACAGGGUAUUGCCUUGGGCCCGAUGUGCCGCGGUUUGGGUUGGUCGCCUGAAGAAGUCGAGGUCUUCUUGCCGAGCGUCAGAGAAGACUUGAAGAACAAGUCGAUACACAGCUACUUCACUUUGCAUGUUAUAUACGGGCAGAAGCCGGCAUAG